AUGUAUACACAACGCGCUAUUAUCGCAGAGGGCCCUAGCAGGGUCCGAAUCGACUCCGAUGUCGAGAUACCUCAACCCGGUGACAACGAGGUAUUGGUCAAAGUUCAUUCGGUCGCUCUCAAUCCGGUGGACUGGAAGACAUUGGCAUACUCCAGUACCCCAGGAGCUGUCAGUGGGUCCUGCCGGCCCCAAGAGCCAACGGGCAUGGAACUCAGGAGAUCGAGUUUGUGGUUGGGUGAUGGGGGAAAUCCUCUUCGCCCCUCAAAUGGUUCCUUCGCCGAAUAUGUUGUGGCAAAGGCCGACUUGCUCUUUAAGAUCCCCGAUGGAACCUCUUUCGAGACAGCAGCAACACUUGGAAUCAGUGCCUCAACUGGUGGCUUGGCCCUUUUCAAGACCCUUGGCCUCUCCUUCGCCGAACGCAAGGUGACGCCUUCCUCACCUGCCGUGUUAGUUUACGGAGCAGCAACCUCGUCGGGCAUAAUUGCCCUUCAACUUUUACAGCACGCCGGAUAUCGAGCGAUCGCGGUAUGCUCGCCGCAAAAUUUCGGUCUGGCCAACGACCUUGGGGCAGAAGUGGCAUUCGAUUACCACUCGGUCACAUGCGGCAAGGACAUUCGCGCAUAUACUCAUGAUGAUCUUGGAUACGCUUUGGACUGUAUCUCGAGCACGAGCAGCAUGGGCAUCUGCUAUGACGCGUUGCGCAGUCAACCGGGCGCACGCUAUGUGUCGCUCGACCCAUUUCCUGACCGAGUGCAGCGCUCACGACCGGAGAUUCUUGCGGAUUGGAUCCUCACAUUCAGUUUAACCGGCGAUGAAGUGGGGCUUGCGGGCGUUUUCCAUCGAGAUCCAACCCCUGCUGAUUAUUCCUUCGGUGUUUCAUGGUAUCCCAAGGUUGACCGAAUGCUCGAAGAAGGAAAGCUUCGACCUCACCAGCCGACUAUUAUGGGUGGAGGACUAGCGGGGGUGGCCGAUGGUCUGGAGAAGUUAAAGAAAGGAGAAGUUCAUGCGUCAAAACUAGUGUACAUUGUUGGAGAGUAG